AUGAAGUCCCCAUCAUCCUACUGUGUUGAUACAGCAUCGUUGAACCCACAUGACGGACACGAUGUCAAGAACAGUCUUGGCAAGUCUGUUGUGCAUAUCUCAACGUACGCUGCAUUAACUGCAUCAAGCGGAGCAUCUACGGCAUAUAUGGCACUUGAACUCGAGUUCCACGAUGAAGCGGUCUUUGAUGUAAUCACCGUAGGCAUGCCGCGUGUGGCUAUUUGA